ACUUAUUAAAUAGAUAUUUGAUUUAUGAUUGUGUAAAAGAUGUUGGAGGACGACGAGUAUUGGAAUGCCUCAGCAGUGGGCAAAACGGCCACGCUCGACUUUUUCAGUGCCGAGGACGAGGGCGGCGUCGAACAGGAAGUAUUCUCCGAGUUCGACACAGAAUCAGGGGCGGAAUUGAUCACACUGAAAGGAUCUGCUUAUCUAGAGCCGAAAAAUGUCAAAAGUGGUUUAAAUAGAGUUGAAUCUGAGUCUUACUCACUACCCAGAUCCAUGCCAGUUGCAUCAACCACUUUGAACUCAACACUUGCUCCAACAACCAGCCAAUCAAUGUCUGCCAGCUCAACGCCCUCAAAGAGACCUCAAGUACGACUAGUAGUUCCCAGGAGUCUCGCAGCUGAGUACACUUCGGCUGUGCGGAAGGCGGUGGCCACCAAGUCAGGCGACCAGAAGGCACUGGAGUUGGAGAGGUGCGAGAGGCUGCUGCAGAUGUACGUCAGGAGUUACAUUGCUGCAUCGCCACUUCCCAAAGUCACCUUUUCGCCUGACGAGGUCAUCGGCAAACUCACUUCGGGUGGGAAGCGGGGAGAGGAGGCUGUUUUGGAAGUGUUUCGCAGUGAGAGGCAGAAAAGAGCCCUACUAGAGCGUGCUUGUCAGUCCCUGAAUGGACUCUGCAUCACCAGAGUGUCUCUCUUCCUCUACAGGACUCUGAGUGACGACAUCUUCAAGGAGAUCAUGAUUAACCACCCCGAUGCAGUUCAGCAUCUGGUAUCGUACUUCAAAUCGAUGAACGACUAUGUGAAUCUGGAGAAGAUCUACAAGAUCAUGGACAGACAGCGAGACAUGUUUUACCUCCUGCUCAAAAAGGCCAACAAUGAAUCUGUGCCUGAGACAAAACUGUGGGCUUUACAGACCAUAAAGAGUCGAAUCUGUUCUCGAGACGUGGAGAACAAACUAAAAAUAGGAGGAGUAACUGCAUUCGAGUUGGAAAUGCUAUCUGAGCAGAUCAUGCUAACCGAGUCACAGAUCAAAAUGCAACAGAUAAACGAGGGAAUGGUGAAGAAGAAAACGAACCAGAUCUUAGCUGCACAGCCUCCACAGAGACCAGUAACGGGAGAGUCGCUGUUGUCCACCAUUCACCACUGUGAGUUCUACCACCCCAAUGUGAGACACUCAGUGCAGACUUCUACUGGCAGUAAUUCAAAUGAUGUGGUUCUGGACUCCUCUGUGUACAAGAGUAGAUUCAAGCUGACAGAGAUGGAGUUCCAGUGGCCAGUUGUGAGAGUGCUGGCCAGUAGAAGACAGUGGGACAAGAUUGAGCAACUCAUGGUCACCAAGGGAUUCCUCUCCUCCGCCGCAUCCUCAUUCAUGGGCGGAGUCACAGGAGGUGCAACUGGGCUGGAGAAUACUGGCUUUAUUUAUCUAAUGCAACUGAGUGGUGGCCUUGGAAAGGGGUCGUACUGUGCAAUAGGCUUCGACAACAUGGCUCAACUACUAGCAGAGAGCCAGGCACCUUCGGACAUAGUGAGUAAGUAUCUGAUGUGCAUCAAAGACCAGCAUGCCAGACUGACCCAGGCAGGUAUUCUGGACUGCAAACUGGCAGCAGUGAUGACCCACAUUGAAAACAGAGACAAGUUGAGUCUGGAAGCGAUCUCAUCACGUCUCGCCCCUGGAUCGAAGGAGAUGAGAGAGGCAGUGAGGGCCCUGGAAGAUCGAUCUAUCAAGUGGAAGAGAUGAGAAAUUAUCCUCAAAACGUUAACUCGACAAACUCGAUGAUCACCGUUUCAAUCCCAAAUUAGUUUAUUCAUCAGUCAACUAAUUCGACAGUAGAUGAAUUAUUCGACAAUCGUAGUCAUCCUGGUAUUCUUGGUCUCCAACAUUGAUCAGAUUUCAAUUAAUUUAAUUAAAUAUAAUUGUAUAGUGAUUAAGAGUCGAUAAACGUAGUUAAGACCUGGUAUUCUUGGUCUCCAACAUUGAUCAGAUUUCGUUAAUUAAUUAAAUAUAAUUGU